AUGGAUCUUUUGUCCACCAAUCAGGUAGAUAGGGAUAUGCUUAGUUUUAGGGCUGCUCGGUCUUGCAUUUCCAAGUGUGGUCUUCAAUUUGUCGAUGGUUGCAUCUCUGCAGAUGAAAGUGGAGACCGCCUCUUCCUUUCUGACUGCAAUCAUCAUAGGAUUAUUGUAUCUGAUGGCAAUGGAGAGAUUUUGGAUUGCAUUGGCUCUUCCCCAGGAUUUGAGGAUGGAGAUUUUGAAUUUGCUAAAUUAAGGCGACCUGCAGGUUCUUUUUACCAUGCUGCUGAGGACUGCUUAUAUUUUGUAGAUUCCGAGAACCAUGCUAUCAGGAAAGCUGAUAUGCAAGCACGAUCAGUGGAGACUCUUUAUCCUAUAAGUGCCUCUUGCAAGAGCAAUGUGCCUAUAUGGACUUGGAUCAUGAAUAAGCUGGGUUUAGAAAGCAAUGCAGAGAACAAUGUUGAUGAAACAUCAGAUGUGUUUGGUUCUAAAACACCAUAUUUACCAUGGCAUCUGUUGAAAUCAGUUGAUGAUACUCUCUUCAUCCUAGACCGCAGGUUCCAAGUUGCAGGGAUCAUGGAUUUGGCUUCAGCAAAGAUUGACAAAGUUCUUGAAGGUUCUCCUGAAAUUUAUGAGAUAUGCAGAAAGCAGAUGUCAAAGAAAUUAUCCCUUUUAGAUCAUCUAGCCUAUGAUGGGUUUCAACAGCAAAUUGAAUAUGCCUAUUCUGUGGAGGGCCUCCCUCAUUCUGGUCUUUUAUCUUCACUGACGACCCUGCAGAAUCAAAUUUUCAUCAGUGAUACAGUUGGACAGAGGAUUUUGAAAGUUGACAGAGAAUCUGGGGUUUGUUCAAAAUUCCAGUUUUCCAAUUUAGGGAUACUUGGAUUACCUUGUUGGUUGAUGCCUCCCUCGGAGACAUUUUAUGCUACCACAAAUGGACUUUCAGAUGUACCAAUUGAUCAUUUGCAGUGUUUCCAGUUGCUACCAGGUAAAAUUCACAUGCUGUUAAUCGUGGAUGUUCCUCAGGACACUGAGCUAGUACAACCACUGGAUGAGGCCUGUAUCUGGCGUCAGGCAAGAGGAGCAGCUAUUGAAGUCUCAGCAAUAGAGGAUGUGCCAGGAUCGGUAGAUAAGGUCGGCGUUGCACAACAAUGGUACGAUGAAUUGGAUGAUCUUGCCUCUCCUAAACCUGAGUCAGAACAAGCUGUUCCAGAUGAUAAUCUGAAUAACAAUUUAAUGGUGGAAGAUAAGAAAAUUUGCAUCACCUGCAAUGUCAAUACUAGUCCUGGAACGAGUGAGGUUAUUAUUUAUACAGUGCUGUAUUUGAAACUUAAAAAAGACCCAAACUCACAAGAAGAAAGCCCUGAGAUUCAUGCUGGAAGGAUACUGGAUAUCAUGAGCUCUGGGAGAUGCUUGAAGAUGGAGAAAGAUCUAUGCAGUCAAUUUUUAUCAAAAUCUAAAGGGGACUUGAGGGAUCUCAUUUUCAUGAAACCACUGUAUGUAAGGAUAAAAUUGGAUAGUUUAGAUCAUCCAAAGGCUGAAAAUGAGAGAGAUAUUAUCUUGACAGAUUCAUCCAUCCAGGUAAAAGUUUCACUCGAUUGAUUGUAGGUAGAUUCAUGAACAAAGUUGCGAACUUUUCAUGUGCUUUUUGUAAUGGUUUUUGCUUUCUGAUCCAGAUGGGUAACAUAAUAUAAUAUAAAGCCAAGGUUUUUUAUUUGACCAAAAAAAAAAAAGGCCAAGCAUUUUUAGGGCAUUGUAAUGGUUUUUGUAUGUUAUAUAUAAUUUUAAUUGCCCGUGUGUCUAAUAUAUAGCCGGGCAUUAAAGGUGAACA